GCUUGACGCUGCAGCAGCAGACGUGCUCUCAUCACGAUUCCAGAAGGAAGCCUUUCAAUGGUUGCUCUUCUUGCAGAGUGUGGCGAAGAUUCGACUGUCUGAGAUAAGAGAAGGAGAUUCCAAGAUACAGUGCUUGUGCGAGGUGUGGGGCCUGAAACAUGAGCAGCCAAAAGUAAGACGAGAAAUACAUUGCAAUAACACGAAAUAAAACUAAAUGAAUAAAGACAAGAAACAGUGCAGCAAUCGGAAUAUAAUAUAAACACAAAACUGCACCAGUAGACUGGUUGUAACUCUAGAUGGGCAAGCGUGGCUGUGAGAUGAUGAGAUACUGGUAUUGUUCUGAAGUCAAUCUGAUGCCACAAUCUGUCCCUACAGCUCUGAAAGAUGGAACUUCGAAAGAGAAAGGAAAAGGUGGAAAGGGCGGACAGGGUGGAAAAGGUGGCGAAGGUGCAGAGCCUAUGGAGUUCAUGGCGCUGGAACUUCAAGCUCCCAGACCAAGGGUUUCUGCUAUCGGUUCAGACUCUGUCGCAGACGUGAGCAUUAGCACGGAGAGUUUUGGCUCCCCUCCAUACCAGCGUUGCCUGUCCUACAGGCUUGUUGGCGGCGAAGACUGCGGAGUAUCUGAACAAGUUUGCGCUGCACUUCCCCUUGCUGAGCUUCCUGCAUCUACGAAACACCCAGUGAAACUACGGAAAGAAGAGGGCCGUUUGUUCUGCUUCUUGCCCCUUCCACCAAGUGCUGUGUCCCUUCGUGUUGCAAUGCAUGUUCAUGCGCUCGAACCUCAGCUGCCUCAGCUGCCUCAGCAGCCUCAGCUGACUCAGCCUUGCGCAGCAAACCCAGUGCAGAUGCGUUUUUGCUCUGCCCACAGACUGAUAUCACAGAUGCUGUUUUGA